AUGUACCUGCAGUGGUCUCAAUCCAUCACAAUCCACCAGUUGGCUGCCCAAGGAGAGCUCAACCAACUAAAACAUGAAGUAGAACAAGGGGUUGACAUAGAUAAGGUUGAUGACAGUGGAUUGUCUCCCCUUUUGUGGGCGUGUGCCAAUGGUCAGUGUCUGACUGCCCGCUACCUACUUGACCACCAGGCAGAUCUUGAUAUUGUUGGUAACCAUGGAGAGAAUGCCCUGCUGUUUACCAGCUGCUAUGGUUACAUUGACAUCCUCAAACACCUGCUGGCCCUUGGAAUGAAUGUAGAUUACACAGAUGAGACGGGUAGUAGUGGUCUGAUGUAUGCUGCAUACAACGGGCAUGGGAGCUGCGUUGGUGCACUGCUGGAGGCAGGUGCGGACCUCACACUGGAGAAUGAGAAUGGACACACCGCCAUGGACCUUACUAUUGGUCAGGGGCACAGGCAGGUCCAGCAAGUUAUAGAGAGCCACAUGUUGAGGAUGUUCGACUCCCUAACCUGAUGUAACGCUGGUGUUAACCUACAAUGUACAUCUCAUGAUCAUGUGACCUGAUGUAACGCUGGCGUUAACCUACAAUGUACAUCUCAUGAUCGUGACCUGAUGUAACGCUGGUGUUAACCUACAAUGUACAUGUCAUGUGACCUGAUGUAAUGCUGGUGUUAACCUACAAUGUACAUGUCAUGAUCAUGUGACCUGAUGUUACGCUGGUGUUAACCUACAAUGUACAUGUCAUGUGACCUGAUGUAACGCUGGUGUUAACCUACAAUGUACAUGUCAUGAUCAUGUGACCUGAUGUAACGCUGGUGUUAACCUACAAUGUACAUGUCAUGUGACCUGAUGUAAUGCUGGUGUUAACCUACAAUGUACAUCUCAUGAUCAUGUGACCUGAUGUUACGCUGGUGUUAACCUACAAUGUACAUGUCAUGUGACCUGAUGUAACGCUGGUGUUAACCUACAAUGUACAU